UAUUUGUAAGAUUUACUUCCGGUUUCCAAGAAAGCAUUUGUGGGCAUGCUGUUUGGAGUGCAAUCUUAGCAACAAACUAAUUUCUUUUUACAUUUAAAAAAUAAAUAUUGAAAACUUAAAUUUUAUCGAACGUAUAUUAUAUAAGAAGCAAUAAAAAUGGAAAACGGUCAAGAAGAAAACAAAAUUGAAACUGUAAUAAGUGAUGCUGUUGAUGGCGAGGUUAAGAAUGAAAAGCCGGUUUCUGACGAAAGUGCUAUUAAUCAAACAUCUGAUGAACCAUCUAGUGAACUUUUGGAAAAAAUAAAAAAUCAAAUUGAGUUUUAUUUUGGAGAUGUGAAUAUGCAAAGAGAUAAAUUUCUCAUUGAACAAACAAAAUUGGAUGAUGGUUGGGUUCCUAUGACUGUUAUGUUAAACUUUAAAAUGUUGGCCUCUAUGAGCCAAGAGCCUGAUGUUAUAUUAAAAGCUAUAGAAUUAAGUAAACUUAUGGAAAUAUCUGAAGACAAGAAAAAAAUUCGUCGUUCUCCAAAAUGUCCUUUACCAAUAUAUAAUGAGGAAUAUAGAAAAGCACAGGAAGCUAGGACUGCUUAUGUAAAAGGAUUUCCUUUACAGGAUACCAAUAUUGAAAAACUUAAAACAUUUUUCAGUGCUUAUGAACCAUUUGAAAAUAUUGUUAUGAGAAAAUAUCAAGAUAAAGGAAAGAAGUUACAAUUCAAAGGUUCCAUUUUUGUACAAUUCAAAACUCUAGAAGAUGCAAAAGCUUUUAUGGCUAGAGAAUCUAUAAAAUAUGGAGAUACUGAAUUGAUUAGAAAGUGGUCAGCUGACUAUAGUGCAGAAAAAGCUAAAGAAACAGAAGAUAGAAGACAAAAACGAUCAGAAAUGAAGGCAAAGAAAAGUGAAUCUAUGAAAGAUAAGGAAGAUGAUGAAAGUGGUGAAGAGGAUGAAAAUGAAAAAGAUAUUUCAUUACCAAAGGGUUGUGUGAUUCACUUUAUUGAUGUACCUGAGAAAUGUACAAGAGAAGAUAUUAAAGAACGUUUAGGUGAACUAGAUGCAAAUAUUGCAUUUGUUGAUUUUAAAAUAGGUGAUAAGGAAGGAUGGGUUCGUUUGCAGGAAGAAAAUACUGCAAAGGUUAUAAUUGAUAAAAUGACGGAUAAUCAAAUACUGAUUCAAGAUAAAACAGUUACUUGUCGUGUUCUUGAAGGGGAAGAAGAAGAGAAAUAUCUCACAAAGGCAAAAACACAAAUAGUAAAUACAAGGCAAAAAUAUAAUAAAGGAAAGAAAGGCAAGAAAGGUCGUAAUACGCGAGGUCAAAGAAAAAGGCGUAACAGUGACAACAAUGAUCUGGUUCCUAAUAAAAAGGCUGCUAUCGAGUAAUUAAAAAAUGAUAUUUAAUUUGAAAAAACUAAAAAUGUUCUAUACACAUGUAUAUUAAUCAUAUUUUUAUUAUACGGACACUUAUGUGUAAAAUAUGAAAAGAUAUUCAAAAUAGGAAGCUACUUACCUUAAGCGCAUAUUUUUUGUUAUGCUUAAUAACAGUGUGUAUUAUUUAUAUAAGGAUAAAAGUACAACGCUGUUUAUAUUUGUAAA